UAUACUCCUGCUGCAAUCCACCCUCCGCCAUACGCACCCGCCAUGUCGCUGUCGUCACAGACAACCCUCAUCUCUCCCUCGGCAAAGCACACAAACCCUCCCCUCCACAGAAGACCUUCCCAGCAUGCACGCCGCAAAUCCCUCCAUGCCGCACAUCCGCAUGCCCACGCCCACGCCCACACCCACGCUCAUGGCCAUGCCCAUGGCCGGAGAGGCUCAGAAGGCGAAGCCGGAAGAAGAGCUCUUGCAGCGGGGCUUGCAAUGCAUACAUUAGAUCAAAGCAAGAAGAAGAAGCAAGGCGAGCGACCUUUGCCGCGGGGAAAUCGAUCCGAUACCCAUCUACCACGUCUGACUCGCACAGACUCUACCAUGUCCAUUGCCUCCCAUUCUAGUGCUACAUCCAACGUUAGCCGCCCCUCUGCAAAGUCCCGCCGUACAACCGAAAGCAUCCAAAUGAUUGAUGAUCAGGGCAAAGAAGUCGAUCCUAAUGAAGAUGAGUGGGAGAGCGGAGAGGAUGUCAAGCAGACCAAAAAGGGCAAGGGGAAGCAACAAGAACCUUCCAGUGCGGCUAUGCGUCGCACAGUCAGUGACACAACGUCCGAUCCCAAAGGCAAGAGAACGCAGAGUAUUGCUGAGGCCAUGGCCCGGGGAGAUCUGGUCGACAUUCAGGAUCCUGAUCAUCGCCCACUUCUCACUCAAAGAACCACUGGCUUUGCCGGAACAGUUCAGCCGCCUGACCCACAAGUCGCUGCGGAGAUGCCCCAUGUAGACCAUCCCAUCAUAACAAAUCCAAUCAAACGCGUCGCGAGCUCCAAGUCACUUGUCGGCCCUAUAUCCGCUAUUACAUCCAUAGAUACCACUCCUGAUGUUGGACUUCCAACUGAGCCACCCAGAGGUCUGCAAAGUGCAACUAGCGAGCCCAAGCGACCUUCUUCUGGUCCGUCUCUUCGAUCAAUUAGUGGCAGUGGUCUCCCAAGGGACCCAACAGACCAAAGGGACGAAGCCCAAGCGCGUGACAAGCUUACUGAUUCCCCGUCUUAUCCGUUCCCUAAGAUGGCCUCCCCAACCGAGUCCGAACAGAAGGCGUCUCCCAAAGAUGAUCAUCCAGAAAAAAAAAUUCCUACCGCUUCUCGUUCACAGGCGACAUCAUCUAAAGCUGCCCGUUCCCUUCGUCAUCGCCCAUCAAAUUCUUCACUUCGCUCCAUACAAUCCCUUCGCGCGCCUCCUCACCCUCUAAACUCUCCCAUCAGCUAUACUGGACGCAAUGCGGCCCACGAGUCCCCUUCCAGGGGUUCGUAUGACAAGAGAGACCGUGUACCGUCUAUGCAUCAACCCCCCGUCCCUCAGCCACAAGUCAGUUACGAAGUAGCGCAAGGACAAGGAUGGGAUCAAAUCCCUGAAGAAGACGUACAGCGCGAAAAUGCGCCUGUUUCGAACCAGUCCAACGUGGAUGCAGGAACUACUCAUUCUCAAAACCUCCGCCGAAGUUCAGUUGCUUCUACGCGUUCCCUUCGAAGUAUUUUUGCAGGUACGCUUGCUCCUCCCUCUGCAGCAUCCUCCACUCCCCAACCACACAAGCGUCUCACCGCUCUCGAGGCUGCUUCCGCUGCCUCUAAGCGACCCACGACCGACAACCCUGUGCUAUACCACCAUUCUCUCAGCCACGCCUCAGGUUCUGCCGAAUCAUGCUUUCUUAUAUCAAGGUUCUUGCCGCCCAAAAAGAUAAGAAGACCGAAGUGGGAGGUCGAUAUUCACGAUCAAGAAAGAAUUGAGAACGGUGGUGUGGGUUUGACUAACGGAGACUACAGGUCGGCGCACGAGACGUUGGUCAGUACCUUCCGGGAGCUGGGCACCGGCGCCAUGCACCAGAAGAGAGGGUUGCCGAGGACCGCCUCGGGGUAUAGCCUUCUUCCUACUGGCUUAACGCUUUCAAGUGUUGCAGCUGCUACCGGUGUGAGUAACGGGCAUCAAGACAAUCAAGGUCUGGGGACAAUCAAAGCCAGAGAUGGAGCUAGGCUUGAGGUAGCGAGGGGUGGUUCUGGCGGUAUGACACCGUUUGAAAUGAGUGUGGAAAGGGUUCUGAAACAGAGACCUGGAAGGGUUACCUUGUAAAUCUCUAUAAGCUAAACUAUAUGAGAGCAGAGUUGUAUAGCGUCGUAUACGUAGAAUCAUAUGGUAUGUCUAUUGCAUG